AUGGAGACUUGGCUCAAGGCGGCCAGAGACCAGGCGGCCAGACUGGGGGAGGACAUCCAGAAGCAAGCGAUCCUCUUAGCCGACGAUGCCGGGCAGAAGGGAAAGCGCGAGGUCACCUUUCGCGCAGGUCCCAUGGGCUUUGAACUCGAGGGUGUGCACGUGGCGUUUGUGGAGCCUGACGGCCAAGCUCAGCAGCAGGGAGUUUGCCCAGGAGACAAGCUGAUUUCCAUCGCAGGCUACGUCAUCCCGGAGAAUCCCAAAGAGGAGUCCGUGAAGCGAUGGCUGGAUGAGAUGAUUCGACCAGGGCGGCUAACGUUCAUGACGGAGGCGAAGAGCGGAGCCAGCUCUCUGCCCCCAGCCGUGGCAUUCCCCAAAGAGUCCGACGGCGGCGAGUCGCUAGGCGAAGACGGCUGGCAAGACUCCGACUUCGCCGUGCCCGCAGAUAUGCUGGACGAUGCCUCGAGCUCGCGGAGGUCCCCGGACCUGGAGCCCUCACCAGAGGCUCGCUUGCGGGCAGAGCUCUACGCAGCCAAGGACGAGGCGCGAUCCCUGGAGCGCGAGCUCGAGGACUGCCGCGCGGAGUGCCACGAGCUGCGGCACUUCGCGGCGGAAAAGGCGGACGGCAGCCUCGCUGCUACUCGCAGCGAGGAGCGGCUGCUGCGGUUGAACGACCAGGUGGCGCUGCAGCGCAAGGAAUCCGAGGAGCUCAGGAAGCGGAAUCGGGAAUUGCAGGCCCAGCUGGAGACCUUGAGCUCCACCUGUGACGAGCUGCGCAGAGAGUCGGCGCAAAAUGAGGACCGGGCCAUGGAGGCGAUGGAGAGCCGCUCCCAGGUGUUGGAGGAGGAGGAGAAAGCGGAGCUGUUAAGUGCCAUCGCCAACGAUGACGUGCUGCAGAUGCUGGCGGUGCUUCGCCGUGCCGACGGGAACAGCCUCAUGUCCAGCGUUGGCUCCGCGUUGCACGUGGCCACCAUGUACGGCUCCCCAGGCUGCACCAAGCAGUUGCUGGCGGACCGGGCGACCAUCGACUGCUGCGACAAGGACGGGCACACGCCGCUGCACUACGCCGCUGUGGAGGGAGAUGCGGAGGUGGUUCAGCUCCUCAUCGAUGCCCGCGCGGACCUCUUCUUCCCAACCCGCGAUGCGCGCGCCAGGCUGAUGGGCGGCGGCUUGUCGAUCGACAUGGCCGGGGGGCGCACGGCGCUGCACCUGGCGGCGGAGAAUGGGAAUCCAGAGGCCGCGUCGGCGCUGGUGGGCGCCUGCGGCGCCUUGGCUGCGGUGCUGGAUUUGGAUGGCGCCACCGCCUGGGACGUGGCGCUGCGCGAGGGCGCCAAGAACGGAGGACAUGUUUCCAAAAGCCGCCUGGCCGUGGCUGAGUUGUUGCAUCCGGGCAAGGCGCCGCCCAGCUGCGAGGAGCUGCGGGCGCUGGCGGCGCACGACGCCGCGCAGCGCAAGCGACGCCUCGACGAUUUGGAGGCGCAGCAGAAGCAGCAGGCGGCCUUGCGCAAGGAGAUGCGUGGUCUGCCGGCGGACCACGGGUAUCAGAGCCCUUGGCCGCAGCUGUACACGGGUCUCGACCUGCGUCAGUACCUCUCCCCGCCCUUGGCAGCAGCCUUGGCGCUGCCCACGGCAGCGCGGGCCAAGGCGCUGCAGGCGCUGUGCGCGGAGAUCGCGCCGGAGGUGUUCGCGCUGCGGGUCUUUCCGGAGGAUGAGGAGGGGCUGACGGCUCGGCUGCUUGAAGAGCUCACGGCCAUCGAGCGCUGGGCGACGCAGAGCGCCUGGGAGCUGAGCCGCCCCAACUCCAUGAACCGAUAUGGCCUGGUGCUGCGAGAUGUGGGCCUGGACUUCUUCCUGCAGACGUUGCAGGCGCAGUGUGUCCGGCCGCUGGCCAGCGCGCUGUGGCCGGAGAAGUAUCGGGACCUCUCGGAGGUCCAUGGCUUCACAGUGCGGUACAAGGAGGGCGAGGACCGGCUCCUGGAGACCCACGUCGACUCCAGCGAGCUCACGCUGAACCUUUGCUUGGGCGGAAGCUUCCAAGGAGGCGGUGUGUACUUCCACGGGCACCACGGCAGCUCGGAGGACCCCAUGGAGACGCCCCACCCGGCGAACUGCACGAGGUGCUUGGCCACCCAUUGCCACCAGCCAGGCGUGGCCUUGCUGCACGACGGGCGCUGUAUCCAUGGGGCGCAGCCGCUGUCCGCCGGGGAGCGCACCAACUUGGUCUUGUGGUGCCGGGCCCCGGCCGCAUUGAACUCGGCGGCUUGGCUUGGCUGGAGGGGUGGCGCAGGCCAAUGUCCUGAGUGGUAA